AUGGCUUCCAAUCGAAACGACGCAGAAGCCACGACAGUUCUUCUAUUUGGGCCCCAGGCUUUGUCAUUCACUGAAGAAUCUCUUCAACGAGUGCGAGUUGCGUUGAGCGAUACCGCUGAAAAUGCCUGGAUGCGCCAAGUUGUUGAGCAGCUCCCGGAAUACACUAAUCAGGUUGCUAAGAAACUUCCCAGGCUUGAGGCCACUCCGGCAGCCAGGCUACAGGACGGCUUAAAGGACUGGCUGAAGAUUGAGGAGUGCAUGGUCCCAGCUACUUCCAAGAGCCUUCCAAAUGCUCUCCUCACACCUCUCGUUGUUCUUGAUCAACUGGCACAGUAUUCACAGUAUGUAAAACUAGCUCAUGUCGAGACAGGGCUUGGUGCAGAUCGAUAUGGUCCUCAGCCUCGUCGCAUCCGAAGCCUGGGCUUCUGCACCGGCCUCUUGAGUGCGAUUGUUGUUUCCAGUGCCUCAAACAAGGCCGAAUUUGAAAGAUACGCUAUGGUAGCGGUUCGCCUGGCUGCUGUGAUUGGGGCUCUGGUGGAUGCAGAGGAUGCAAUUGGCCAAUACGGCGAAUCAAAGAGUUUUUCUGCUGUGUAUCAUUAUUCUCAGCAAGAAAUGCAUCUGAAAAACAUACUGCAAGAGUUUCCCGAGGCGUAUAUUUCUGUCAGUUACGAUGAAAGUCGAGCAACCAUCACAACUUCCAAGAGUACUGCGCAAGUACUCCAACAACGACUCCGAGAAACAGGCAUAACGGCUCAGGCCAUCGGUCUCCGAGGUCGAUUCCAUUAUCCAGAUUACGAGAAAGACCUUGCACGCUUGAUAGAAAUAUGCGAUUCUACGCCUGAGCUUCAACUUCCAGAGGUUGCUGAUACAGUCAUCCCACUGAGUUCACUUUCCGGUGGUGAACUGAUUACCAAAGGAAGGUUGCAUCAUAUUGCCCUUCGAGAAAUUCUCGUCGAGCAAUCGCAAUGGGGCAAGACGUUUGAUAACAUGUUGCGAUCAAGCCUUGUCAACAAACAAUCCUUGGUCGUUUUGUUCGGUUCCGAAAAGUGCGUUCCUCCUACUGCCAUGCCCCAGGUGAUUGGACAAGUCAUCUACAUGACGGAUCAGCGAGAGGCGAGCUCAAGACUCUCAGCUCUCAAGACAACCGCCGAAACAGUCUCCGAAGACGAAAUUGCGGUCAUCGGAAUGGCCAUUAAGGUUGCUGGGGCCGACGAUUCCGAUGAGUUCUGGGAUUUGAAUCUCACAGGAGAGUCACAACACAAGGAGGUUCCAGAAGAACGGUUUACCUUUGAUACCCAGUGGCGCACCGCAGACCCCACGAGAAAGUGGUAUGGUAACUUUUUGCGAGACCACGAUGCAUUUGACCACAAGUUCUUCCAAAAGUCUCCCCGUGAAGCAACUACCCAAGAUCCUCAGCAACGACUUUUCCUUCAAUCUGCUUACCAGGCGGUGGAGCAGUCGGGUUAUUUCAAUUCUCCCCAUGCAGAUAGAGAUGUGGGAGUGUUCGUGGGAGUAUGUGCCGCCGAUUACGAAGCGAACAUCGCCUGCUAUCCCCCGAACGCGUUCUCAGCCACGGGAAAUUUGAAGAGUUUCAUCGCAGGGAAGAUAAGUCAUUAUUUUGGAUGGCAUGGGCCUGGGUUGACGAUCGAUACCGCAUGUUCGGCCUCUGCGGUUGCAGUUCAUCAAGCAUGUAAAGCGAUUCAGACUGGGGAGUGUACAGCAGCCUUGGCUGGAGGCACUAAUGUCAUGACAUCCCCACUCUGGUUCCAAAACCUCGCAGGUGCUUCAUUCUUGAGUCAGACAGGUCCAUGCAAGGCCUUCGAUGCGAAGGCAGAUGGUUACUGUCGUGGAGAAGGUGUUGCGUGCGUGUUCCUGAAAAAGAUGACCAAGGCUAUUGAGGACGGCGACCUGAUCAUUGGAUCCAUUCGGAGUACGGCUGUGUAUCAAAAUGACAAUUGCACGCCCAUAUUUGUUCCAAACGCACCGUCUCUUUCCGGUCUCUUCGAUGAUGUUAUACAGAAGUCUGGCCUCUCUCCUAAAGAUAUCAGUCUUGUCGAAGCUCAUGGGACUGGCACCCCUGUCGGUGACCCAGCCGAGUGGGAUAGUAUCCGGAAGUCUUUAGGUGGAAGAUCUGUACGAUCAGUUCCCAUGCCUGUUGGAUCUGUAAAGGGAUUGAUUGGACACACCGAAUGCACUUCUGGUGUGGUGGCCUUGAUUAAGGUCCUCUUGCUCAUUCAUUAUGGUGUAAUUCCACCCCAGGCAAGCUUCGAAAAAUUGAGCCCUGGUUUGAAAGCUACUGCGGAUGAUAUGCUUCAAAUUUGCACAAGACAGACACCUUGGAAUGUUGACUUUCGCGCUGCGCUCAUCAACAAUUACGGAGCCUCCGGGUCUAAUGCAUCAAUGAUUGUGACACAGCCACCGAAGGCCCUCAGCAACGGAUCAUUUCCCACUUCCAGCGAUCUUGAAAAGCAUGUAUUCUGGCUCACUGGGUCUGAUGAACGGAGUCUUCGCGAUUAUGCGAGCAGAUUGAGUAGCUUCGUUGCAUCUCGAACAAUUUCAUCGCUUGCUAGUUUGUCCUUUAAUGCAUCCCGCCAGUCAAAUCGAGCUUUGUCGCAAGGUCUGAUUUUCAGCUCGGGUUCAAUUGAAGAGCUACAGAUUCAAUUGAGUGACUUUGCCCAGGGAGAGGGGAGACUGACUGCCACGAUGCGAAAGCCAGCUCGUCCAGUCAUACUUUGCUUCGGAGGCCAAACCUCCAAAUUUGUUGGGUUGGACAAAAGAGUCUACGAUUCCAUUGGCUUACUGCGCACAUACCUUGAUCGCUGCAGUGCAACUCUCGAGGCACUCAGUCUCGAUGGAUUAUAUCCCACGAUUUUCAAGAAGAGCCAGGUUGAUGACCCUGUCAAGCUCCAGACUAUGCUUUUUGCUUUGCAGUACUCAUGUGCAAAAUGCUGGAUUGAAUGUGGCAUCAAGCCUGUGGCGGUUGUUGGACACAGCUUCGGAGAGCUUGUUGCUCUGUGUAUCGCCGGUGUGCUCACUCUCAAGGACUCGCUUCAAGUGGUCGCUGGGCGAGCUCAGCUUAUCAAUACUAGCUGGGGUACUGAACCAGGGGCUAUGAUGGCAGUGGAGGGUAAUUUGAACGACGUAGACACUCUACUAAGAACUGCCGAAAGCCGAUGCCCCAAGGAAACACCUGCCACUGUGGCCUGCUACAAUGGGCCCACAAGCUUCACGCUGGCUGGAUCCACCAAAGCUAUCGACGCAGUAGGUGAAUGCAUCUCCUCGGCUCCCGGAGUUCGUGGCAAGAAACUUUCAGUAUCCAACGCGUUUCACUCUACUCUUGUUGAACCACUCAGAGACCAGCUUGGAAAGCUAGCUGAAGGUGUGAUUUUCGGAGAGCCAAGAUAUCGGUGGGAGAGGGCCACUGAGAAUCCUUCCUCUUCUUGCGUCGGGCCAGAGUUCUUCGCAUCGCACAUGCGAGAUCCAGUUUACGCCAACCAUGCCUUCCAGAGACUUCAUCAAGAAUUCCCCUCUGCAAUCUGGCUGGAGGCUGGAUCAAACUCAACCAUCACAAAAAUGGCCAAUAAAGCCCUCGGCUUCCCUUCUGACUCUUAUUUCGCUGAUAUCAACAUCACUUCCGAGUCUAGCAUGCAAGCGUUGUCGGAUAGCUUUGUAAAUAUGUGGAAGGAGGGACUUGCUAUUCCACACUGGGCCCAUCAUCACAGUCAGGCGAAGACCUAUUCAACACUUCUACUUCCCCCAUAUCAGUUUGAGAAGUCACGCCAUUGGCUCGAGCUCAAGAAGCCCCAGGCAAUCCAACCAAUCGAGUCGUCAAAGACCCAACUUGAAGACCUUCCAACACAACUAUACACAUUCAUUGGUUACGAAGACGAAGCGAAGCAGAAGGCACGCUUCAGGAUCAAUACAAUGAUCCAAGCUUAUGAGGACUUUGUUUCCGGUCAUUUGAUCGUGCAAAAUGCUCCAAUUUGCCCAGCAACGUUGGAGGUUUCCAUCGCAAUCGAGGCACUUUUCUAUUUGUGUCCCGACUUCAAAGCUGCUGGCCUACAACCACAGAUCGCAAAUGUUGAAAAUAUGGUCCCGAUAUGUGUUGACCCCUCUCGUGUCCUCUGGCUAGACCUCGUAGCAACUGGGUCUGACUUUAAAAACUGGGAAUGGCAAAUGGUCAGCACAAGUGAAAGCGGGGAAUCAAAAUCAACACACGUGAAAGGCCAGAUCAUAUUUCAGUCUACAUCUGAUGCUCAAGCGGAGUUCUCCCGUUACGACCGUCUUGUUCCCCACCAUAGAUGCACAGAGGUACUCAACGCCUCAGAUCCGGAUGAUGUUCUCCAGGGGAGGAACAUGUACAAAGUUUUCGCUGAGAUUGUGGACUACUCUGAGCCUUAUCGCGGCCUUCAAAAGCUUGUUGGGAAAGGGACCACCUCCGCUGGUCGAGUUGUCAAGCAGCAUUUGGGAGAGACUUGGCUCGAUACUCAUCUUUCAGACUGCUUCAGUCAGAUAGGAGGGUUCUGGGUGAACUGUAUGACUGAUCGCUCGGCCUCCGACAUGUAUAUUGCGGCUGGCUUUGAAUCCUGGAUUCGCAGGCCGGGAAGUACAACCUCACCCGAUGAUUCCGUAAAGGCUUCUAUAUGGGACAUUGUGGCGUAUCACUUCAAGGCGUCAGAAAAGGCAUACACUACCGAUAUCUUCAUCUUUGAUGCCACGAGUGGUGUUCUUUGUGAGGUCAUCCUUGGCAUUAACUAUUCGAAACUACCAAAGUCUUUAAUGGCCAAGAUGCUGACGAAGCUGACUGGCCCGGGAGUGAAGAAAGUUGAGAUUGAGUCGCCGUCCAUGGCUCCAUCAAUCACUGCACCUCCUAGCUCAUCGGGGCCGGCAACAGUCAAGCCGGAAGCACAAGGAAGAGAACCAGUCUCUGUUUCAGCGCCAAGCUCUGGGGAAGGCUUCAAUUCGAAGAUCCCUAGCAUUGUCGUUGAAGUCCUUGCGGAGUUGUCUGGUGUGGAGCCCGACGCCAUCAAGAUGUCAACGAAGCUUGCGGACAUUGGGAUAGACUCACUAGUUGGCAUGGAGAUGGUUCAUGAUUUGGAGUCUAAGUGUGAAUGCUCAUUAGAUAUGGAUAUGAUGGCAGAAGUGGUCACAGCGGAAGACGUUGUGCAAUGCAUUCACAAAACACUCGGUAUCGAAGGAGGAUUUGAAGGACAAGAUGAUGACAGCAACCUCACACCUUCAAGUUGCACUCAGAGCCCACGUACCGCCCCAGUCUCCGAAUCAAGCUUUUCAGACAUUGAUCAACUGUCUAAGAAGGACUCGGCACGUGAACUCAAGCUCUCUGCUUCAGACGUGCUCGAAACUUUCGAAGAAGCAAAGAAACUUACCGAUCAAUUCAUCACAGAUUUCAAUUGUUCUGGCUACAUGGAUAAUGUCAACCCAAAGCAAACUCAACUCUGCAUUUCCCUUACUAUCGAUGCCUUUGAGAAGCUUGGUUGCAAUCUGCGGACGGCCAAAGCUGGUGAGACCUUGCCUCUCAUCAGCCAUGCUCCGCAGCAUGAACGGUUGACGCAAUAUCUCUACGACAUGCUUGAGAACGAAGGGCGAUUGAUCGACGUUGAUGACGGCAAAAUCGUGCGAACAGCUGUCUCCGUAACGCACAAAUCUAGCAAGGAGAUACUGGCUAGCUUAGAAGCUGCAUUCCCAGAGCACAGCUGCGCUAAUCGUCUGGCUUUCUUCUGCGGUACACGCUUGGUCGAAGUGCUUGAAGGAAAGCUUGACGGAGUGAAGUUGAUUUUUGGUAAUGAAGAGGGUCGACAACUUGUUUCGGGGCUAUACGGAGACACUCAGCUCAACAAGAUCUUCUAUAAACAAAUGGAGGAUAUUUUGACUCGUCUGAUCUCCCGCAUCCCGCAGGGUUCCGGUCCUCUUAAAAUCCUUGAGAUGGGUGCUGGUACAGGUGGAACGACGAAAUAUCUUGUACCACUGCUAGCAAACCUUGGAGCGCCUGUUGAGUAUACGUUCACUGAUCUUGCACCAUCAUUCGUUGCGGCUGCUCGCCGACAGUAUAAGGCCUACCCAUUCAUGAAUUUCCGCGUCCAUGAUAUUGAGAAAGAGCCCGCAGAAGAUCUCAUCGGAACGCAACAUCUCGUCAUAGCCAGCAACGCUGUUCAUGCUACCCACAGCUUGACUAUUUCAUUGAGGAAUAUGCGCAAGAUGCUCCGAUCAGACGGCUUCCUGAUGAUGCUUGAAAUGACUCAAACUGUUCCAUGGGUGGAUAUUAUUUUCGGCCUCCUCGAGGGCUGGUGGUUAUUUGAUGACGGUCGUAAACAUGCGAUCACUCAUGAAUCCCGGUGGGAGACGGAGUUGCAUUCAGUUGGCUAUGGUCAUGUAGAGUGGACGGAUGGUCACCUACCAGAAAACAAGCUACAGCGCAUCAUCAUUGCCAUGGCUUCUGGUCCGCAAUUCGAUCGACUUCGUCUUCCUCCGAAGCAAACAAUACAGUCAAAUUUCAACACUACUGAGAGAGCGGCCGCUGUAAAUGACUACCUGGAGAGAUUCACUUCCGGCUUUGCUAUGCAACCACCGGCAUCACCCCAAGUCAAUAGCAAGGGAGUUCGUGCACAAUGUGUCCUCGUGACUGGGGCAACAGGUAGUCUCGGUGCACACCUGGUGAUGGAAUUUCUGGGCAGACCCGACGUUGAGACAGUGAUCUGCCUCAACCGCCUCAGUCGCGGGAAUAACCCCGAGCAACGACAACAGAGAUCGAUGGAGGAAAAGGGACUGGAACUAGGUUCGUCUUAUCAGUUUUCCAAGCUUCGCAUCAUCGAAACCGAUACAUCGAAGCCUCAAUUGGGCCUCACUGCCGAACGCUAUCGAGAGCUUACCGGGAUGGUUACUGCUGUCGUACACAACGCGUGGCCCAUGAGUGGCGCCCGACCAAUUCGAGGUUUCGAAGCGCAAUUUGCAACCAUGCGCAACAUGAUUGAUCUUGCGCGCGAUGCAGCCUACGUAUCCCAGACAAUCACUUUCCAAUUCAUCUCCUCCAUUGCUGUCGUUGGCCACUAUCCGCUCUGGAGCGGUAAUCCAAAUGUCCGAGAACGCGAGAACGUUGGUAUUGAAUCGAUACUACCAAAUGGAUACGGAGACGCAAAGUAUGUCUGCGAACGUAUGCUUGACGCUACAUUGCACAAGUAUCCAGAAUAUUUCCGCCCCAUGUGUGUCCGUCUAGGCCAGGUAGCUGGAAGUAGCAAAACUGGCUACUGGAACUCGCUGGAGCAUCUGAGUUUUUUGAUCAAGUCUUCCCAAACCCUUCGCGCAUUCCCAGACUUCAAGGGCGAGCUGUCAUGGACUCCGGUGGAUGCUGUUGCAUCGACUUUGGCAGAUCUGGUUUCCUACAGUGCCUCUGAUUUCUCCGCCGCAAGCACUGUCUAUCCUAUCUACCACAUCGACAAUCCCGUUCGUCAGGCCUGGAGCCACAUGGUCCCAGUCCUAGCAGCUGCCCUUAAAAUUCCACAGACCAAAAUUCUUCCUUUCACAGAAUGGGUGUCUCGUGUGAGACACUUCCCUGGAUCUGUCGAGAAAGACAAUCCCGCGUUCAAGCUCAUUGACUUCCUGGACGACAACUUCCUACGCAUGUCCUGUGGUGGUUUGCUAUUGGACACCGUUCAUACGCAGCAACACUCACCUACACUUGCGUCACUGGGAUCUGUGAGCAACGAGACCGCUGGAAGCUAUAUUCGGCAUUGGAAGGCGACUGGGUUCCUAGCUGCUUAA